AUGGCGGAGAAAAAGCUUGAAAGCAACGAACAGAUUGUUGCGACUCAAUCCUACAAUGGCGAGGUGCUCGAGGACAUUGCUCCAUACGACGAAAAGAAGCUCGUACGACGGAUUGAUCUUUUCAUGCUGCCACUCUUAGCCAGCCUCCCCUUUUUCAAUUACUUGGACAAGUCGUCCCUCAGCUUUGCGUCCAUCAUGGGAAUCAUCCAAGAUCUGUCCUUGACGACAAACCAGUACUCCUGGGCCAAUAGCAUAUUCUACUUUGGGUAUUUGGCCUUUACAUGGGUUGCCUCUUGGCUUUUCGUUCGACUGCCGAUCGGUAAAUACGUUGCGUCAACUCUAAUCGCCUGGGCUGUUCUCCUCUCGUUGAUAGCUGCCUGUUCGAACUUUACCGGCUUGAUGAUCGUCCGCUUCUUCCUCGGAGCCGCAGAAGCAUCGAUUAUUCCAGGAUGCAGUUUACUGACGGGCAUGUGGUACAAGAGAGAAGAGCACCCUCUCCGUCACGGGGCCUGGUUCUUUGGCACAUCGCUAGGUGUCAUGUGCGGCGGUCUACUUGCCUACGCCAUUGCUCACAUUUCGGGGGGCAUUGGCCCCUGGAAGUGGCUGUUCAUCAUCUUUGGCCUCGCAACCUUGGUCUGGGCGAUCUUCCUGUUGUGGGCGCUUCCUGACACCCCGAAGAACGCCCGGUUCCUAUCGCCAGAACAGCGAGUGCAAGCCAUAAGUCGAGUCCGAGAAAAUCGACAAGGUUUGAAGAAUAACCAAUUCAAGUGGUACCAAGUCCGGGAAUGCCUCUUGGAUCUCAACGUCUGGCUGCCGGCUCUGAUCAGCUGCACCUUGAGUAUAACAAACGGUGCAUUGAAUGCUUUCGUCCCAACCAUCUUGGUCAGCUUUGGCUUUGAUCGGCUGCAGGCAUACCUUUUCAACAUUGCCAUUGGAGGCAUCCACGGUCUCUUCAUCUUGGUUGCCUCGUAUACCUGCACCCGCUGGGCCAACACACGUUGCUACGUGCUGUUCGCCGUCACUUCCGUCAGUCUGAUGGGUAGCCUUAUCGUGCGAUUGUGCUCUACGACAGGAGUUCGACUAUUUGGAUUCUUUUGUUACUUUGCCUACGUCCCUGGCCUCUCCAUCUCCCUGUCGCUCAUUGCUUCGAACACAGCCGGGUUCACCAAAAGGAGCGUCGGCACUUCACUCUAUACGAUAAUGUACUGCGCUGGGAAUAUCGCUGGUCCCUUUCUCUUUCAGGCUAAAGAUGCCCCGGAGUAUCUGGGCGGGUACAAUGGUAUCAUAGGAUGCUUCGUUGCUACUCUCGUCUUCAUCGUCAUGAUUCCGGUCAUCGUCAUCCGCAGGAACCGUCGCCGCGAUCAAGUGCAGGGUCGUCCCGCAAACGCUCCUGCGAGCCAUGAGGGUGAUCAGCCGCUUCCUGAACUGAAUGAUAAGACUGACGGGGAGAAUCUCGAUUUUCGUUAUGUCUAUUAG